GGGGCACUCAGUGAGUGGGAGUUCUGAGUCUAGAGUACAGGUGUCUCUGGAUCUCCUGCUGUCUCUGGAUUUGCAUCCAUCAGUUCAUUAUGGGAGCCAACAACAUAAAGACCGCGACGGACGCUCACGCAGAGUCGCCCAAGGAGCCCUCGUCUUCUGCCCUCUACAAGCCGCACCUUUCCCCUACAUCGUCCCCCACGCGAGACCACUUCUACACCCCAGCGGGAAGCCCCGAACAGAAACCCGCGGGCAGCGGCUCCUCCCCGGAGCAACUGCCCCUUAACUUUGAGCUGUCCAAAGGAGAGGAGGCCUGGGGUGUCCCUUUCAGCCGGGCCAUGGAAAGGAUCCAGCAUGCAUCGGAUGCCUUGGCGCGCAUGCACAGCCAGCUGGGCGCUCUGCUCAGCCCCAGAAUGAUCAGCGAGGGUCCACACAUAAUGGACUCUGCCCUAGGAUGGGAGGCGCGCUUGGCCGAGGUGCGACAAGAUCUGAGCGUCGGACUCAAAGAAAUGAGAUGCCUCAAGGACAAGUACGAGGCUCUUAGCGCAGGUGCCAAAUGUAGAAGAGGACAAGAGACAGGACGUGCAAGAGACAACCAGGCAGCCAGAGAGUGCCGGGAACGGUUGAAUGUGACAGAGUGUCUGACAACACAGCUCCAAACUGACUUCCAGGCCAUGCAGGACGACUCUGAGAGCGCAGAGAAACACGAGAGACGACAGAAGGAAGAGAGAGCACAGAAAGAGAAACUACAAGAUCGGAUUUAUCAGCUGGAGAAAGAAAAGGAAACUUUAACGGAGAACCUCAUGGAGCUGAAGGGCCAGGUGCGGGACCUGACGCUCCUACAAUCCGAUCUCCAGACCGCCGUGUCCGUGGCAGAGAGAUUCCGCGAGGAAGCCCAGGAGAAACUGGAGAAAGCCGAGACAGAGAACCGGAGACUGAGGAGCAAGAGAUAUGACUCAGUGGACUGGGCAGAUGCCCCCCCAGUGAAUGGAUCCCUACAGGGGUAUCACAGCCUCCCUCGUGGGGUCAUCCUGUCCUCCUUGAGGGACCCCAUUAUGAAGUCCAGCAGCUUAAUGAGUGUCCCCCCAUCCCAGCGACCCCCACAAGAGACAGGUUCCGUGUCCCGCAGAGAGAGGAGAGGGAGCCUCGAAACGUUACUAAACGAGUCCAAAGCCACAGAGAAUCUGACAGAGGAUUCCGGAUCGUUCUUCCGCCGUUAUGGGGGCUCUAAAAGAGGAGUAUUUCUGCGCUGGGCUCAGGACCGGACGUGUGGCUACAAGCACGUGGUUAUCACCAACUUCAGCAGCUCCUGGGCGGACGGCAUGGCGCUCUGCGCCCUUCUGCACUCCUACCUUCCAGAAAGGAUCCCGUACACACAGCUCCGCCCCCUGGAGAAGAGGAGGAAUCUUCAGCUGGCCUUGCAGGUUGCGGAGAGCGCGGGGAUCCCGUCCUUGCUGACUCCGGAUCACAUGCUGCAGCCGCAGGGACCUGAUUGGCAGAAAGUUCUUCUGUACGUUGAAUCCAUUUACCAGAAAUUUGAGGCGUGAAGGAGAUCUCUGUGUCU